AUGGAGUUUAGCUCUGGGGACUUCAAAUGCAAUCCGUCAUCAUUCCCUGACAAUUCUAUUCCCGCGUGGCCCUGGAAGCGCAGAAAUCUGCUUCAGGACAAUGUCCCUAUUCCCCCCUUCUCAUCCGCUCAUGAGAACAAUCCUCCACCGGGACCUUCAGACAGUGGCCAAACAGUACCUUCUACACUUGAUAUCCGAGAGCGUGAAGGUGGCACUACCAACUUCGGGCAAUCAAAGCAGUCAAAUGAGAGAGUCGAACCAUCCAUCUCGUUUCCCAUUAUAGCGGAAACAACUCAGACUCGACGGAAAGAAUUACCGAUACAUCGCAUUACUCUAUCUCAUUCUUCAACGUCACAACCUCUUUUUGGACUUGGCGCGCAGCGAUCAGGAAGCGCCAUACUUUCCAGGGACGUGGAGAAUGGUCAAAUUUGGGGGUCACAGUCAAGUCUACCUGACUCGAGUGAGGAGCCCACUACAGCUGCCAGCAAAACAGAGAAUUUCAAAUCGAGCCAAGGAACACUCUUUGGGAGCUCCCAUAUAUUUUGCGGAGCCAACGAGGCCUGCCCCAAACGAGAUCACGGCCUGCCCUUUCAAUUCGAGAAGCUGCGAGUAUAUGGUGAGCUGACCGAAGCUCCUACGAAGCUGACUGUUUAUGACUCGGAACACACAUUCCCACCUAAGGAGAAUGGUGGACCUCUGGCUAAUCCAGCAAAUGCAGGUUCUGCGACCCAUGAGUCCAAACAGAGUCGAGCCGAUCAAGACGAGGAAGAGCUAGAAAUCCGUGACGAUGAAUCUGACGCCUCUGCAUUGGCAAUCGAAGUGAAGCCCGAAGACUACGAGAGUAACGGAGAAGCUCUUGACCCAAUUGACGACCCCGAAUUUCAAAAGCAAUUGAAGCUGGUUACCGAUCAACUUAGAAAGCUUUGUCGGAGAAUGCAGAGCUGUCAACUGUCGCAAGACUCCGAUAGCAAGCUUUCUAGAAUUUGCCAAGAGACUCAAAAACUCAGCCUGUUCGAGGACCGGGAAGAACGUAUCCUCGGGUUCAUCGGCGAGACCGGAGCGGGCAAAAGCUCUGUUAUAAACUCGAUAUUGGACCAGAGAGGACUGGCGCGCUCGAGUGGUGCUGGAUCAGCAUGCACUUCCGUGCCAAUGGAGUACCGAUACAUCGACGACAGCCACCCACACUCCUACACAAUUGAAGCCGAGUUCAUGAGCGAAACGGAAGUUUCAGAAUUGAUCGAUGAGCUUCUGCGCAGCAUCUGGCGAGUUUGCGGUAAGCCCGAACGAAGCUUGAUCGGAGAUGAAAACUGGGAGCAAUACGAAGCAAUUGGAAAGAAGUCACAUGAGACCCUGGAGGCAAUCUUUCACGGCCGGGAAGAUUUGACUCUCGAAUAUCUCUCUCAGCCAGGCAAAGAGAACGAGAUACUGAGCGCCUUGAAAGAAGAAGCUUUGCGGGCACUGUCGUCUCGGCUGACAGGCUCUGAUUCGUCACAGUUAUUAUUCGUCGCAGAUGACUUAGAAGAUUGCAAAGAGCAGCUCGAUGUUCUUACAAGUGGUCCAGAAGACAGCAAUAGACCUGCUUUAUGGCCUUUCAUCAAGUUGAUUCGUGUCUACAUCAAUCUUCCGAUUCUCAAGCAUGGACUAGUGCUUGCGGAUCUUCCAGGGUUGCGAGACACGAAUCAUGCCAGAGUACGCGCGACGGAGAAAUACCUCGCGGCGAAGUGUGAUGAAGUGUUCAUCGUUGCAAACAUAUCCAGAUGCGUCUCCAAUGAGUCGAUUUACGAGAUUAUGAAUAAGUGUGGAAAGAUGAAACGCAUCAGGAUUGUUUGUACAAAGGCAGACGAAAUAUCACCGGAAGAAUCUGCGCGAGGCACCACCCCAUUUGCCAAGCAGGUCAAAAAAAUGAAUGCAAAGAUCAAGGAACUGGAGAUCAAAGUCGCCCGGGCGGCCCGCGAACGACAGAAAGCCCAGGGUGAUGAGAUAGCAAAGCUCGCACUUAUUGAAGCGAUGACAGAAGAUGAGGUGCACCAGCGUCGCUAUGAACGUCUGGCAUCCCUGAUGAAGGAGCGAAAUGAGUCCGUGACUAGAGAUCUCAUCAAGGCCAUUGAAAAAAGAGAGAAUGACCGAGAUCAGGCAAUCAUUGUGUUUUGUGUUGGCAAUGAAAUUUACUCAAGCCCUCCCACCCGAUUAACUGAUGAUCACAGGGCAUUGAGUGGAGUGAAGGAACUGCAGGUAUACUGUCGUUCAGUGCCUGCGGAGGCGAGAAUGUUGUCUGCAGCGGCAUACAUCAAGAAUGAGGUGCCGGCACUUGUGCGCUCUCUUCAGCACUGGUGCCUUGCAGGCCGAUAUCCGGAGUCGUCCGCGGGGGCCGAUGAACUCAGAGAGAUUGUUGAUCAGAGCGAAAUAUCUCUCCGCGAGAGCUUUACUUUCGGUCAAGGCUGUGUCAGUGAGAUUCACAAAAUGACUGUUGCGGCAUUCGAGGGAACAGUAAUGCUCAAUCUUAUGCGACCCGAACUUGGCGUCUAUUGGGAAAGGCUGGAAUCGCAGCUGUAUGCCAAAAAGGAUUCCCUCCAGCAAGCCUUGUCCAAACUCUUCGAAGGAAUUUUCGCACAGAUACAGGUGUUCACCCAGGUUGCACCAGGUGCAGUUUCUAAUCUCCUUUGUACACUGGGGUGUCGACAAAUGAAUAUUUAUCGGAAAUUCGAACGCUAUUUUGAUCAGAUCUUCCGGGUCAUCCGUGACCUGAAGCAGCAUACACUUUAUGGCCACAACCACAGCUCUCUCAUAGCAGAUCUGAUGCGUGCUGCAUACAAUCAAUGUAAUAUGGAAUCAGGAGAAGGAAGUGACAGCAGACGCAAACGCAUCAUGUAUCGUCAUCUGUCAAACAAUGAUCUUUACGAAAGAUACGCGAGCAGUGUUCGUGAUACAUACUUGCAUGCUGUCAACGAACCUUUGGCUACGCUGAAUGUUGAACUGUCGGAGCAAGUACAGCGACUUGCGGAUGACAUCAACUCUGUGAUACUACCCACUGGUGAAACUCCAGAGACCGAGAGGGAUUCCGAGGUGACUAUCCGCUUGGAGCGAAGACUGCCUAAGGUUGAAGAAUAUUUGGGCCUUGCGACUGAAGCUGUUUCACGACUCGGCUUUUGA